GUCCCUAGCAAAACGUGGUGGCUUCCUUACCAUGACAACGAGACAGCGUCAACACAAACAUAACCUUUUCAAAGUUUGAAAAAUGCAACCGAGUCAUUUUGACCACAUUUCUCCGGCCCUUUUCGACUCUCCCACGCCUCAAAUGUCCUCCAAAGAGUUUCAGAGGACAUUGUAUACGUAUUUUGAGGAGAAGGGUCUAGUAGACGACCUCCGAUCGUACCUCCGUGUGCUCAUGAUCAAGCAAUUAAAGAACACAAAAGUGGGAAAAAUCGAGCAAAAACCGCAAUUUUCGCUCUCCAAGCAAGCCUUCAGUCUCGUAAUUGCCGACUAUUUACUGCACGAAGGCUGUCAUUAUACCUUAUCAAUUUUCAGCACUGAGGUGCCUGGAGUCGCCCCACAAAACCCCUUUUCGCUCUACGAAGCGCACAAUUCGCGCAAUAAGUGGCGGUUUGACGAGGAGAGUUUGCUAAAUGUGUUAGAAUUGAUCGGGAUUUCCAAAACUAGCGGCGAAAGUUUGAAAAUUUCGGCGCGUUAUUUCCGAAAUGGGGAAUCACUGUUGAGUUGUUUGGUGGCGGCAAAGUCGGCGAAUUUAGAGGAGCUUGCCGGGGUUGAAGGGGAGGAUUACUUGGGCAAGGUUUUGGACGUGUUAGGGGUUCCCCCGAAAGUUGCGGGAGAAAUCAAGGCCCGAGUUGAGGAAAGUUUCGUUCCCUAUGUUAGACAGUUGGAGGUUUUGAGGGGCGAACUUGAGGCCCGAAAUGAGGAAAUUAAACGACUGUUCACGUGCCAAAUUGAGGCGAAACGUGAAAGCAAAAAAUUAAAAACCGAGCUGAAAGAAGCCAAGCGAAAAUUGAGCCAGGCGGUCUUGCGAGAGGAAAAUCUGAACUUGAGAGAGCGCAAAAUUCGGGAAAAAUUGGACGAGGUUACGAGACUGCAAAAAACGAUAAUCAAGGAACAAAAUCAAGUUUGUGACCUCAAACAUUGCACCGAAAGGUGCCAGAAAAACUUAAACUUAGUUGAAGAGUUACGUCAAGAAAUCGCGAAAUUAUUGGACGCCAGUCGGGAAAAAAGCCACGAAAUUGACCAAUUGAAAGCGACCGUAACUUCGCUAAACAAAGACUUGACCAACAGUCGCUUAAACAUCGAUUUUCUGAACUCUUGUUUGCUGCGCUCCAAUCAAAUCAACUUCUCUGAAGACGCCGCCAAUCACGCGGCCAACUCUAGCGAUGACUCCUCCUCCGAGCACAUCACGGGGGAGAUCCUCAACCAGGUCCGUUCCAAACUCUCGCUUCUGGAGCAAGAGAGCGCCCAGUUGGACCUCCAGUUAAAAAAACUCAAUCUAGUUACAAAAUAGUUUAUUUCUCACUCAGUGAAACAGUUAACAAAAUAGAAAUGUUUGUACAAAAUAUAAUACAUAACUAUAAAAUUGA